GUUGCACCAACAAUUCUCCCGCUUUCCAUCACCCCGCUCCAUUGUCCCGCUUUCCACUACCCCGCCCAAUUCUCCCUCUUUCCAUCACCCCUCCCCAUUCUCCCUCUUUCCAUCACCCCGCCCCAUUCUCCCGCUUUCCAUCACCCCGCCCCGUUCUCCCUCUUUCCAUCACCCCGCCCCAUUCUCCCGCUUUCUAUCACCCCGCCCCAUUUUCCCGCUUUCCAUCACCCCUUUCCAUUCUCCUGCUUUCCAUCACCCCGCCCCAUUCUCCCGCUUUCCAUCAUCCCGCCCCAUUCUCCCUCUUUCCAUCACCUUGCCCCAUUCUCCCGCUUUCCAUCACCCCGCCCCAUUCUUCCGCUUUCCAUCAUCCCGCCCCAUUCUCCCUCUUUCCAUCACCUCGCCCCAUUCUCCCGCUUUCCAUCACCCCGCCCCAUUCUUCCGCUUUCCAUCAUCCCGCCCCAUUCUCCCGCUUUCCAUCACCCCGCCCCAUUCUCCCGCUUUGCAUCACCCCGCCCCAUUCUCCCGCUUUCCAUCACCCCGCCCCAUUCUCCCGCUUUCCAUCACCCCUCCCCAUUCUCCCUCUUUCCAUCACCCCGCCCCAUUCUCCUGCUUUCCAUCACCCCGCCCCAUUCUCCCGCUUUCCAUCACCCCGCCCCAUUCUCCCUCUUUCCAUCACCCCGCCCCAUUCUCCCGCUUUCCAUCUCCCCACCCCAUUCUCCUGCUUUCCAUCACCCCGUCCCAUUCUCCCGCCUCUUUCCAUCACCCCACCCCAUUCUCCCGCUUUCCAUCACCGCGCCCCAUUCUCCCGCUUUCCAUCACCCCGCCCCCAUUCUCCCGCUUCCCAUCACCCCGCCCCGUUCUCCCACUUUCCAUCACCCCGCCCCAUUCUCCCGCUUUCCAUCACCGCGCCCCAUUCUCCUGCUUUCCAUCACCCCGCCCCAUUCUCCCUCUUUCCAUCACCCCGCCCCAUUCUCCCUCUUUCCAUCACCCUGCCCCAUUCUCCCGCUUUCCAUCACCUCGCCCCAUUCUCCCGCUUUCCAUCACCCCGCCCCAAUCUCCCGGUUUCCAUCACCCCGCCCCAUUCUCCCGGUUUCCAUCACCCUGCCCCAUUCUCUCGCUUUCCAUCACUCUGCCCCAUUCUACCUCUUUCUAUCACCCCGCCCCAUUCUCCCUCUUUCCAUCACCCCGCCCCAUUCUCUCGAUUUCCAUCACCCCGCCCCAUUCUCUCACCUCUUUCCAUCACCCCGCCCCAUUCUCCCGCUUUCCAUCACUCCGCCCCAUUCUCCCGCUUUCCAUCACCCCGCCCCAUUCUCCCGCUUUCCAUCACCCCGCCCCAUUCUCCAACUUUCCAUCACCCCGCCCCAUUCUCCCGCUUUCCAUCAACCCGACCCAUUCUCCCGCUUUCCAUCACCCCGCCCCAUUCUCCCUCUUUCGAUCACCCGCCCCAUUCUCCCGCUUUCCUUCACCCCGCCCCAUUCUUUCGCCUCUUUCCAUCACCCCGCCCCAUUCUCCCGCUUUCCAUCACCCCGCCCCAUUCUCCCGCUUUCCAUCACCCCGCCCCAUUCUCCAGCUUUCCAUCACCCCGCCCCAUUCUCCCUCUUUCCAUCACCCUUCCCCAUUCUCCCUCUAUCCAUCACCCCACCCAAUUCUGCCGCUUUCCAUCACCCCGUCCCAUUCUCCCGCUUUCCAUCACCUCGCCCCAUUCUUUUGCGUUCCAUCACCCCACCCCAUCCUCCCCUCUUUCCAUCAUCCCACCCCAUUCUCCCGAUUUCUAUCACCCCGCCCCAUUCUCCCUCUUUCCAUCACCCCGCCCCAUUCUCCCGCUUUCCAUCACCCCGCCCCAUUCUCCCUCUUUCAAUCAUCCCGCCCCAUUCUCUCGCUUUCCAUCACCCCGCCCCGUUCUCCCGCUUUCCAUCACCCCGCCCCAUUUUCCCGCUUUCCAUCACCCCGCCCCAUUCUCCUGCUUUCCAUCACCCCGCCCCAUUCUCCCUCAUUCCAUCACCCCGCCCCAUUCUCUCGCUUUCCAUCACCCCGCCCCAUUCUCCCGCUUUUCAUCACCCCGCCCCAUUCUCCCGCUUUCCAUCACCCCGUCCCAUUCUCCCUCUUUCCAUCACCCCGCUCCAUUCUCCCGCUUUCCAUCACCCCGCCCUAUUCUCCCUCUUUCCAUCACCCCUCCCUAUUCUCCCUCUUUCCAUCACCCUGCCCUAUUUCCCGCUUUCCAUCACCCCGCCCCAUUCUCCCGCUUUCCAUCACCCCGCCCCAUUCUCCCGCUUUCCAUCACCCCGCCCCAUUCUCCCGCUUUCCAUCACCCCGCUCCAUUCUCCCGCUUUGCAUCACCCCGCCCCAUUCUCCCGCUUUCCAUCACCCCGCCCCAUUCUCCUGCUUCCCAUCACCCCGCCCCAUUCUCCCGCUUUCCAUCACCCCGCCCCAUUCUCCCUCUUUCCAUCACCCCGCCCCAUUCUCCCGCUUUCCAUCUCCCCACCCCAUUCUCCUGCUUUCCAUCACCCCGUCCCAUUCUCCCGCCUCUUUCCAUCACCCCGCCCCAUUCUCCCGCUUUCCAUCACCGCGCCCCAUUCUCCCGCUUUCCAUCACCCCGCCCCCAUUCUCCCGCUUCCCAUCACCCCGCCCCGUUCUCCCACUUUCCAUCACCCCGCCCCAUUCUCCAGCAUUCCAUCACCGCGCCCCAUUCUCCUGCUUUCCCUCACCCCGCCCCAUUCUCCCUCUUUCCAUCACCCCGCCCCAUUCUCCCUCUUUCCAUCACCCCGCCCCAUUCUCCCGCUUUCCAUCACCCCGCCCCAUUCUCCCGCUUUCCAUCACCCCGCCCCAUUCUCCCGCUUUCCAUCACCCCGCCCCAUUCUCCCUGUUUCCAUCACCCCGCCCCAUUCUCCCGGUUUCCAUCACCCUGCCCCAUUCUCUCGCUUUCCAUCACUCUGCCCCAUUCUACCUCUUUCUAUCACCCCGCCCCAUUCUCCCUCUUUCCAUCACCCCGCCCCAUUCUCCCGAUUUCCAUCACCCCGCCCCAUUCUCUCGCCUCUUUCCAUCACCCCGCCCCAUUCUCCCGCUUUCCAUCACUCCGCCCCAUUCUCCCGCUUUCCAUCACCCCGCCCCAUUCUCCCGCUUUCCAUCACCCCGCCCCAUUCUCCAACUUUCCAUCACCCCGCCCCAUUCUCCCGCUUUCCAUCAACCCGACCCAUUCUCCCGCUUUCAAUCACCCCGCCCCAUUCUCCCUCUUUCGAUCACCCGCCCCAUUCUCCCGCUUUCCUUCACCCCGCCCCAUUCUUUCGCCUCUUUCCAUCACCCCGCCCCAUUCUCCCGCUUUCCAUCACCCCGCCCCAUUCUCCCGCUUUCCAUCACCCCGCCCCAUUCUCCCUCCUUCCAUCACCCCGCCCCAUUCUCCCGCUUUCCAUCACCCCGCCCCAUUCUCCCUCCUUCCAUCACCCUGCCCAAUUCUCCCUCCUCCCAUCACCCUGCCCCAUUCUCCCGCUUUCCAUCACCCGCCCCAUUCUCCCUCUUUCCAUCACCCCGCCCAAUUCUCCCGCUUUCCAUCACCCCGCCCCAUUCCCCUGCUUUCCAUCACCCCGCCCCAUUCUCCCGCUUUCCAUCACCCCGCCCCGUUCUCACGCUUUCCAUCACCCCGCCCAAUUCUCCCGCUUUCAAUCACCCCGCCCCAUUCUCCUGCUUUCCAUCACCCCGCCCCAUUCUCCCUCUUUCCAUCACCCCGCCCCAUUCUCACCCCAUUCUCCCGCUUUCCAUCACCCCGCCCCAUUUUCCCGCUUUCCAUCACCCCGCCCCAUUCUCCCGCUUUCCAUCACCCUGCCCCAAUCUCCCGCUUUCCAUCACCCCGCCCCAUUCUCCCUCCUUCCAUCACCCCGCCCCAUUCUCCCGCUUUCCAUCACCCCGCCCCAUUCUCCUACUUUCCAUCACCCAGCCCUAUUCUCCCGCUUUCCAUCACCCCGCCCCAUUCUCCCGCUUUCCAUCACCCCACCCCAUUCUCCCUCCUUCCAUCACCCCGCCCCAUUCUCCCACCUUCCAUCACCCCGCCCCAUUCUCCCGCUUUCCAUCACCCCGCCCCAUUCUCCCUCCUUCCAUCACCCCGCCCCAUUCUCCCUCCUUCCAUCACCCCACCCCAUUCUCCCGCUUUCCAUCACCCCGCCCCAUUCUCCCGCUUCCCAUAACCACACCUCAUUCUCCCGCUUUCCAUCACCCUGCCACAUUCUCCGGCUUUCUAUCACCCCGCCCCAUUCUCCCUCCUUCCAUCACCCCGCCCCAUUCUCCCACUUUCCAUCACCCCGCCCCAUUCUCCCGAUUUCCAUCACCCCGCCCCAUUCUCCCGCUUUCCAUCACCCCGCCCCAUUCUCCCGCUUUCCAUCACCCCGCCCCAUUCUCCCGCUUUCCAUCAUCCCGCCCCAUUCUCCCUCCUUCCAUCACCCCGCCCCAUUCUUCCGCUUCCCAUCAUCCCGCCCCAUUCCCCCGCUUUCCAUCACCCCUCCCAAUUCUCCCUCCUUCCAUCACCCCGCCCCAUUCUCCUGCUUUCCAUCACCCCGCCUCAUUCUCCCGCUUCCCAUAACCCCACCCCAUUCUCCUGCUUUCUAUCACCCCGCCACAUUCUCCCAUUUUCCAUCACCCCGCCCCAUUCCCUCUCCUUCCAUCACCCCGCCCCAUUCUCCCUCCUUCCAUCACCCCGCCCCAUUCUCCCGCUUUCCAUCAGCCCGCCCCAUUCUCCCGCUUUCCAUCACCCCUCCCCUUUCUCCCGCUUUCCAUCUCCCCGCCCCAUUCUCCCGCUUUCCAUCACCCCGCCCCAUUCUCUUGCUUUCCAUCACCCCGCCCCAUUCUCCCGCUUUCCAUCACCCCGCCCCAUUCUCCCGCUUUCCAUCACCCCGCCCCAUUCUCCCUCCUUCCAUCACCCCGCCCCAUUCUCCCGCUUUCCAUUACCCCGCCCCAAUCUCCCUUCUUUUUAUCACCCGGCCCCAUUCUCCCUCAUUCCAUCACCCCGCCCCAUUCUCCCGCUUUCCAUCACCACGCCCCAUUCUCCUGCGUCCCAUAACCCCACCCCAUUCUCCCGCUUUCCAUCACCCCGCCACAUUUUCCCACUUUCCAUCACCCCGCCCCCUUCUCUCUCCUUCCAUCACCCCGCCCCAUUCUCCUGCUUUCCAUCAGCCCGCCCCAUUCUCCCGCUUUCCAUCACCCCGCCCCUUUCUCCCGCUUUCCAUCUCCCCGCCCCAUUCUCCCGCUUUCCAUCACCCCGCCCCAUUCUCCCGCUUUCCACCACCCCGCCCCAUUCUUCCGCUUCCCAUCAUCCCGCCCCAUUCCCCCGCUUUCCAUCACCCCUCCCCAUUCUCCCUCCUUCCAUCACCCCGCCCCAUUCUCCCCCUUUCCAUCACCCGCCCCAUUCUCUCGCUUUCCAUCACCUCGCCCCAUUCUCCCGCUUUCCAUCACCCCGCCCCAUUCUCCCGCUUUCCAUCACCCCGCCCCAUUCUCCCGCUUUCCAUCACCCUGCCCCAUUCUCCCGCUUUCCAUCACCCCGCCCCGUUCUCCCGCUUUCCAUCACCCCGCCCCAUUCUCCCGCUUUCCAUCACUCCGCCCCAUUCUCCCGCUUUCCAUCACCCCGACCCAUUCUCCCACUUUCCAUCACCCCGCCCCAUUCUCCCUCCUUCCAUCACCCCGCCUCAUUCUCCCUCCUUCCAUCACCCCGCCCCAUUCUCCCGCUUUCCAUCACCCCGCCCCAUUUUCCCGCUUUCCAUCACCCCGCCCCAUUCUCCCGCUUUCCAUCACCCUGCCCCAAUCUCCCGCUUUCCAUCACCCCACCCCAUUCUCCCUCCUUCCAUCACCCCGCCCCAUUCUCCCACUUUCCAUCACCCCGCCCCAUUCUCCCGCUUUCCAUCACCCAGCCCCAUUCUCCCGCUUUCCAUCACCCCGCUCCAUUCUCCCGCUUUCCAUCACCCCGCCCCAUUCUCCCUCCUUCCAUCACCCUGCCCCAUUCUCCCGCUUUCCAUCACCAGGCAAGCUCCUGGACAAGGCAAGCUCCUGGACCAGGCAUGCUCGUGGACCAGGCACGCACUUGGUCCAGGCAAGCUCUUGGACCAGGAAGGCUCGUGGACCAAGCACUCUCUUGGACCAGGCAAGCUCCUGGACCAGGCAAGCUCCUGA